GACGGAGCUUCUGUCGUUCAAACACAGGUGUUAGCCGCAUUGUAAGGCGAUGAGCAGUAGGUACCCUGGCUGGCGCUCGGGGUGAUCCGGGGGAAGGAGAUCGCUGUCGGAGGCCGAGACCCCUGGGCAGGAAAAUGGGAGAUGGCUGUACGAGCAGAGAUGGCGUUAUAUCUGGCGGCCGCCUUUGUGCUACUACGUAGCUGUAGGUGCCUUGACAAUGAGACGACGACGACGAUGUUCACGAUAUACCCGGAAGAUCUGAAUGCGACUGAGAUUACAACACCGCUCAACGGCUCCGCCACCGAAAACAGCACAAUACCUGAGAGUGCGACAGAGGCUGAAACGGCGCCGACGGACAUAGAGACUACGGUGUUCCAGGGGUUAACACAGAACCCGGGGACGGUGCAUAGCCAAAGGGAGUUCGUAUCCCCCAGCACUGCCGCAGCGGAGACAACGGCAGCCGUGACCCCGGCCCCGACAGUCCCCAUCACCAGAGGCCCUACUACGAGCAGCAGCACCACUGAAGAUGUAGUUACUGAGAGUCCUACAACGCCUACAUUAGAUGGACCCGUCACUAGCACAAGCAUACCUGCUGCAAUUACUACAGUGGAAGUUCUUCUAUCAAGCAAAAGUUUAAUAACUACAACAUUGCAAACAUUUUAUAUAACAACAUCACCUGAUAAUACUACAUCUGCUGUAGCAGAUAUGUCAUGGACUCAAUUCAAUAUCAUCAUCCUGACAGUCAUUAUAAUUGUGGUGGUCCUGUUGAUGGGAUUUGUGGGGGCUGUAUAUAUGUAUAGAGAGUAUCAGAGCCGGAAGCUCAACGCUCCUUUCUGGACCAUUGAACUGAAAGAGGACAAUAUCAGUUUUAGCAGUUACCAUGACAGCAUCCCCAAUGCCGAUGUUUCUGGUCUUCUGGAAGAUAAUGCAAAUGAAAUUGCUCCAAAUGGCCAACUCAUGUUGUCUGCUCCUAUACACAACUAUAAACCAUAAAAGAAAACUUGUAUACCUGGUAUUUCUAGGUCGACUUGACUUAAAUAUUGAAAUUAAUAUCUUCAAGAACUGUGAUGUAUUGGACAACUAACUCAAUGUUCAAUAUUGAACGUGGCAUUUUGGAUAUUUUUUUAUUUUAUUUAAUAAAACCAUGGCUUGCUUUUCCUUUAAAGAAAGUGAAGCCAAACUUUUUUUUUUUUUUUUUUUAUGUUUUAGGAUUAUUUAAGCAGUUUUACUUUUUUCAUUGCAUCAUGUGUUCAGUUUGUCCAUAUUCCUUCUUUUAAAUUGUCUUACACCUUUUAGUAAUUGCUAAAAAAAAAAACGAAAAGAAAAAAAAAACAAUAUAAGCGGAAUAUCAUUUUCCAGACGCUCUGCAUAGAUAGGAAUUGCCCAACUAUUGUCAAUAAAGAAAUUCUAUUAAACAGA